AUGGAAACUGCGGGUCGAGUGCGGCUCGUGGCUUACUCCGACAGCGAGAGCGACGAUGACAUUAACAACGACGAAAGCGUUGCACCGCCACCGCACGCGCAGGAAGACGCACCGCCACCCGAGACCGAGAACGAGCUGGCCAAGAUCGUGAUCGAGCUGCAGAAGAAGUACAUUCGAGAGUACGAGGAGAUCCAAAGAAGACAAGAGGAAUGGCGCGAGGAGAUACGCAAGUGGCAGGUCGGGUUUGAAGGGAAGUGGGAGCUUCAGCGCAGGUUGUUGGUGGAUGUCAUCCCGAAAGUGACCGGCAUGCGCAUCGGAGAGAUGCUGGGUCGAGAAGGGAUUCUUUCAGCAGCGGAUGCGACGAACGGGGCGAGGAAUCCGUCACCUCCGUUUGCGACGCCGGCGGGCCCCGCUGCUCCGGGAUGGGGUCGAGGCCCGGCCCGAGCGGACGUGACGGUGACCGAAAGCGAGGCGAGCAUAGAUGAAGGACCGGAGCCGAUAGCGACACCAGUACCCACACAGCCACAGAGGACGAGAAGCACUGGCAAAAAGGCGCCACGGGCUGAGGUUCCUUCAUCACUUCGUCGACUGAACCAGACCGCGAGGAAGAUUGGUAUCAGCGCAGACUCGAGACAGCAAGACGUAACGGAGCCUCACAACCCGUACGACGACCCAAAGUAUUGCAGUCCCUUGACCAUCACAGACGAACGCGGCAACCAGAAGCCCUUGUUCAAGUUCCAACCAACACCAGACACGGUAGAGGAGCUUUGGGCGGAGUACCGGCAUGGUCUUCGUGGCCAGCCACCCGUCGAGCAGUUGGAAGUAACGUAUCGAGCCAAAUGGCGCAGCGAAACAUAUGCCCGGUCAUGGUUCACUCGGCGCAAGCCGUUCUGGGACAAGAUGAAGCAGAUGCUGGCGGAUGGAAAGACGGAAGACGAGGCGCUGGAGGUGAUGAGAGCCCUUGCCAAAGGAAGCGUGCCGGGCCUUAUGGGCAGGCUCUGCAAGCAGCGGGCAGGCAAGGGAUUAAGGCCGAGGAAGCGCAAAGCCUCCCACAGUUUGUCGGAGACUGAACGCAACAGCGAAGGUUCGGAAGAGGAUUUCGGUAGUGUGGCGGAGGAAACCGAUGCCGAUUUGGAGGUUGGGCGAUUGAGUCCGGUCGUCCUGCGUAAGCGGAUCAAGAUGUUCAAGGUCGGGGAACUUUCCGAUAAUGAUGAGUUCAAGACGAGCUCGGGUUGCGAUGAUGAUUGUGAGCCGUUGGAGGACUAA